UGAGAGAGCACCGAGUGUUGCUGUUGCGUCUCCCUCAGGCUUGUGAUGCAAGGGAACUCAACCACCAUCACAGCGCUACUAUGUGUGACGACGACACGACGGCACUGGUCUGCGAUAAUGGCUCCGGGAUGGUCAAAGCUGGCUUUGCUGGAGACGACGCUCCCCGAGCUGUGUUCCCCUCCAUCGUCGGUCGCCCUCGUCACCAGGGUGUGAUGGUGGGUAUGGGUCAGAAGGACGCCUACGUCGGCGACGAGGCCCAGAGCAAGCGAGGUAUCCUGACUCUCAAGUACCCCAUCGAGCACGGCAUCAUCACCAACUGGGACGACAUGGAGAAGAUCUGGCACCACUCCUUCUACAACGAGCUCCGUGUUGCCCCAGAGGAGUCCCCAACACUUUUGACAGAGGCUCCCCUCAACCCAAAAGCUAAUCGUGAAAAGAUGACUCAGAUCAUGUUUGAAACAUUCAACACUCCCGCCAUGUACGUUGCCAUCCAAGCCGUGCUGUCUCUGUACGCCUCUGGUCGUACAACUGGUAUCGUGCUGGACUCUGGUGACGGUGUAUCUCACACCGUUCCCAUCUAUGAAGGUUACGCUCUUCCUCACGCCAUCCUGCGUCUUGACCUGGCUGGUCGUGACCUGACAGCCUAUCUUAUGAAGAUCAUGACUGAGCGUGGUUACUCCUUCACCACCACAGCUGAGAGAGAAAUUGUUCGUGACAUCAAGGAGAAGCUUUGCUAUGUCGCCCUUGACUUCGAAAGUGAAAUGAUGGCUUCCGCUGCUUCCUCUUCCCUAGAAAAAUCCUAUGAGUUGCCCGACGGUCAAGUCAUCACCAUCGGCAACGAGCGCUUCCGCUGUCCUGAGUCCCUCUUCCAGCCUUCCUUCCUAGGUAUGGAAUCUGUCGGCAUCCACGAGACUGUAUUUAACUCCAUCAUGAGGUGUGACAUUGAUAUCAGGAAGGACCUGUUCGCUAACAACGUGCUGUCUGGCGGCACCACCAUGUACCCAGGUAUUGCUGACCGCAUGCAGAAGGAAAUCACCAAUCUUGCUCCUUCCACUAUUAAGAUCAAGAUCAUUGCUCCUCCUGAACGCAAAUAUUCGGUGUGGAUCGGUGGUUCCAUCCUGGCUUCUCUCUCCACCUUCCAGUCAAUGUGGAUCACAAAGGAAGAGUAUGAUGAAUCUGGGCCCGGCAUUGUCCACCGAAAGUGCUUCUAGAAUUUUUAUUUUUAUUUCUUUUUCAAAAGUUAUUUAAAUAAAGUAAUGAUAAAUUAUAAAAUGCAUGGCAAACCAACGUGAGAUGUUUCACUGAACUUUAUAGUAAAAAUUAAAAAGCUAUCUUCUAAU